GUACCCAGGUAGGACCAUGAAGGAAGAGGUGAAAGGAAUACCUGUAAGAGUGGCACUGCGUUGCCGACCUCUGGUCCCCAAAGAAAUUAGUGAGGGCUGUCAGACAUGUCUUAACUUCGUACCAGGGGAGCCACAGGUGGUGGUUGGUACUGAUAAAUCCUUUACCUACGACUUUGUAUUUGACCCCUCUACUGAACAAGAAGAAGUCUUCAAUACAGCAGUAGCGCCGCUCAUAAAAGGCAUAUUUAAAGGAUACAAUGCAACGGUCUUAGCCUAUGGACAAACUGGUUCUGGGAAAACAUAUUCAAUGGGAGGUACAUACACUGCAGCACAAGAGAAUGAACCAACAGUUGGAAUCAUUCCUAGAGUAAUACAACUGCUCUUCAGAGAAAUUGAUAAAAAAAGUGAUUUUGAAUUCACUAUGAAAGUAUCUUACUUGGAGAUCUAUAAUGAAGAAAUCUUGGAUCUCCUAUGCCCAUCUCGUGAAAAAGCCCCUCAAAUAAAUAUACGGGAAGACCCUAAAGAAGGCAUAAAGAUUGUAGGACUUACUGAGAAGACUGUUUUAGUUGCACAGGAUACUGUUUCCUGUUUGGAACAGGGCAACAACUGUAGAACUGUGGCCUCUACAGCUAUGAAUUCCCAGUCAUCUCGAUCUCAUGCCGUCUUUACAAUUUCCAUAGAGCAAAGAAAGAAAAGUGACAAGAAUAGCAGCUUUCGCUCUAAGCUGCACCUUGUAGACCUUGCUGGAUCAGAAAGGCAGAAGAAAACCAAGGCUGAAGGAGAUCGUCUAAAAGAGGGUAUUAAUAUUAACCGAGGUCUCCUGUGCUUGGGAAAUGUAAUCAGUGCUCUUGGAGAUGACAAAAAGGGUGGCUUUGUACCCUACAGAGAUUCCAAGUUAACUCGAUUGCUUCAAGAUUCUCUAGGAGGUAAUAGCCAUACUCUUAUGAUAGCCUGUGUGAGUCCUGCUGACUCCAACUUAGAGGAAACAUUAAAUACGCUUCGCUAUGCUGACAGAGCAAGAAAAAUCAAGAAUAAACCUGUUAUUAAUAUUGAUCCUCAGACAGCUGAACUUAAUCAUCUUAAACAACAGGUACAACAACUACAGGUGUUGUUGCUACAAGCCCAUGGAGGGACCCUGCCUGAAUCUAUCAAUGUGGCACCGUCUGAGAAUCUACAGUCCCUUAUGGAGAAGAAUCGGACUCUGGAAGAUGAAAAUGGAAAAUUAAGUCAAUGUCUCAGUGAGGCUGCUGGUCAGACAGCCCACAUGUUGGAAAGGAUCAUUUGGACAGAACAUGUCAAUGAAAAACUGAAUGCCAAACUAGAAGAGCUCAGGAAGCAUGCAGCCUGUAAAUUGGAUCUUCAAAAAAUAGUGGAGACUUUGGAAGACCAGGAAUUAAAAGCAAAUCUAGAGAUUGUUCAUAACUUGCAGCAAGUUAUUAUCCAGCUAUCGGGUGAAACUGUUUUUUGUCUGGCUGCAGCAAAUGAUACUGUAGUAGAUCCAGAACCUCAAGUAGAAACAAGUCCAGAGACCAGCAGAUCUUCUGAUGUUUUUACCACUCAGCAUGCUUUACAUCAAGCCCAAAUGACUAAGAAGCUUAUAGAGUUGAAUAAAGCCCUUGUACUCAAAGAGGCUCUAGCUAAGAAAAUGACUCAGAAUGACAGUCAGCUACAGCCGAUUCAGUUCCAAUACCAGGAUAAUAUAAAAAAUCUCGAAUUGGAAGUCAUCAUUCUACAAAAGGAAAAGGAAGAAUUGGUUCUUGAACUUCAGACAGCAAAGAAGGAUGUCAACCAAGCCAAGUUGAGUGAGCGCCGCCGUAAACGUCUCCAGGAACUGGAGGGUCAACUAGCUGAUCUAAAGAAGAAACUGAAUGAACAGUCCAAACUUUUGAAGCUGAAGGAAUCUACAGAGCAUAAUGUCUCCAAACUGAACCAAGAAAUAAGGAUGAUGAAAAAUCAGCGAGUACAGUUAAUGCGUCAGAUGAAAGAGGAUGCUGAGAAGUUUAGACAGUGGAAAAAACAAAAAGACAAAGAAGUAACCCAGUUAAAAGAACGUGACCGUAAGAGACAAUAUGAACUGCUCAAACUUGAAAGAAACUUCCAAAAACAGUCCAGUGUUCUCAGACGUAAAACUGAAGAGGCAGCAGCUGCCAACAAGCGUCUUAAGGAUGCUCUUCAGAAACAACGAGAGGUCUCAGACAAGCGGAAAGAUGAUCAGAGCCAUGGAGUUGAAAACGUCAUAACUCGAAUGAGGAAUUGGCUUGGAAAUGAAAUUGAGGUAAUGGUCAGUACUGAGGAGGCCAAACGGCAUCUACAUGACCUUCUUGAAGAUAGGAAGAUCCUGGCUCAAGAUAUAGCUCAACUCAAACAGAAAAGGGAAUCUGAGGAAAAUCUACCUCCUAAACUCCGGAGGCGCACUUUCUCACUUGCUGAACUGCAUAGUAAAGUUUCUGAAUCCGAUGAUUCCGUUACAAAGCAGAUUAAAAGCCUAGAGACGGAACUGGAGCUCAGGAGCGCUCAAAUUGCUGACCUGCAGCAGAAGCUGCUAGAUGCAGAAAGUGAAGACAGGCCAAAACAUCGCUGGGAGAGUAUUACUACCAUUAUGGAAGCUAAGUGUGCCCUGAAAUAUUUAACUGGAGAGCUGGUCUCCUCCAAAAUACAGGUCAGCAAGCUUGAAAAUACCCUGAAACAGAGCAAAGCCAGCUGUUCUGACAUGCAGAAGAUGCUGUUUGAGGAACGAAAUCAUUUUACUGAGAUAGAGACAGAGUUACAGGCUGAGCUGGUCAAAGUAGAGCAACAGCACCAAGAAAAGGUGCUAUACCUUCUGAGCCAGUUGCAGCAAAGCAGAAUGUCAGAAAAACAGCUGGAGGAGUCAGUAAGUGAAAAGGAACAACAGCUCCUGAACACACUAAAGUGUCAGGAUGAAGAACUUGAGAAGAUGCAAGAAGUAUGUGAGAAAAACCAGCAGUUGCUCCUAGAAAAUGAAAUCCUCAAUCAGAAGCUGACUUUUCUCCAAGUAGCCAGCAAACAGGAUUCUCAUCUUCCUAAGGAUGCACUUAUAUCCCCAGACUCUUCUUUUGAAUAUAUUCCACCUAAGCCAAAACCUUCCCGUGUUAAAGAAAAGUUCUUGGAGCAAAGCAUGGACAUCGAGGAUCUAAAAUAUUGUUCAGAGCAUUCUGUGAAUGAGGAUGGUGAUGGUGACACUGACGAUGGGAAUGAUGAGGAAUGGAAGCCAGGAAAAUUAGUUAAAGUGUCCAGAAGAAACAUUCAAGGGUGUUCCUGUAAAGGCUGGUGUGGGAACAAGCAGUGUGGGUGCAGGAAACAAAAGUCAGACUGUGGCAUGGACUGUAGCUGUGACUCCACAAAGUGUAGGAACCGCAAGCAAGACAAGACUAGCUUGGGCACUGCUGAGCGAACCCAGGACUCUGAAGGCUCCUUCAAACUGGAAGAUCCCACAGAGGUGACUCCAGGAUUGAGCUUCUUCAAUCCUGUUUGUGCUACUCCCAACAGCAAGAUCCUGAAAGAGAUGUGUGAUGUGGAGCAAGUACUGUUAAAGAAGAUAACUCCAGCUCCCUCCUCUCUUCACUUCCCAAAGUCAAAACAUAUACUAACAGAAUCCCAAGAAAAUAAGGCCCCAGGAAAGAAAAAGAAACGAACUUUGACCAGCAAUACCAGCUUCUUCUCUGGCUGCUCCCCUAUUGUAGAAGAGAACCACUGA